AUGAGACUGUCUCGUGGGGCGCUACGACAGCUGGCGGGCACGCGCGCUCUGUCCACAGCUCCUUCAGCACAACAUGCUGCCCCUGUUGCGUCCUCAUCUUCCUCUACCCCCUCGACAUCAUCAUCGUCGUCGUCGUCGGCGUCGUCUUCUUCUGCAACUCCUGCCGAAGUCGAAUCUUCUCGCCCUCCUAUCCUUCCCUUUUUCCCUAUCCCUCGUCCACCCAACUUUCCUGGCAAAUUCAGACCGAACAAUGGCGAGUAUCCCACUGUCAACUUUGUCAACUUUCCGUAUCCUCUUUGGAAGCCUACAGCGGCCAAGGAUCUCCCAAAGGAUACUGUUGGAGGAGAUCAUCGCGAGAAAAAUCAAAAAAUUCUCGCUGCCAUGACGGGCUUGGAGGUCAAGGAAUUGAAUGACCUGCGUCGAAUGCUCAUCAAGCAGCAGAGGGUGUCGCAUAUGACUAAGAAGGGCAGAAUGCGAGGGAUGGUCGCUUGGAUGUUGGUCGGAGAUCCAAACAAGGGGUUGGUAGGACUCGGGCGAGGCGCGGCAAAGAGUGGACCUGCAGCGGUGGACAAGGCGUUCUAUCAAGCCUGCAAGAAUAUGGAUUAUGUCGAUCGUUAUGAAAACAGGACGUUGUGGGGUUCGGGCAAAGAGUUAAGGGGAAAGUUUGAGUCUAGCGUGGUGCAUCUGAGGGCGAGGCCGCCAGGGUUCGGCUUAUUCGUGCCGCAUUCAGUGCACAAGGUUUUGAGCAUGUGUGGGAUCAAGGACGCUUCGGCGAUGAUCGUUGGGUCAACUCAUUUGGUCAACGUGACGAAAUGUGUGAUUCAAAUGCUGCACGGAGGGGCCAAUCCGCCUGGAUUCGGAAGUGGAUUUUCAACUGCUGGAAAGGUGGAGAACAAGGGUCACGGAAUGAGGACCAAGACGGAGAUUGAAAGGGCAAGAGGGCGAUAUGGUGUCAACAUUGGGCGUCAAGUCUAA